UUCAAGCGUGAGGUUCAGAAACGUAAACAGCAGUCAGCUGAAGUCGGAGGAGUACUGGAAGACCACCACCACCACCACUACCACUUUUCAGAGCCAACGAACAUCAGCCAAAAGCGACUGACGACCGGCAGCAUGGAGACCUAUUUGACGGAGAUCAAACAAUUGCGCAUACCACGCCCGAAAUUCGAGCCCAACAGUUGCCACCAGCAGCACCAACAUGCGGUGGCAGCCACUGUGGCGACCGUGUCCUCGUCCUCGGCCACGCCCACCCAGCCACCUCCACCCCUGCACCAUCGACAGUGGCGCCACUUUGUGCGCCCCUUUACGCCGCCCCGCGACUACCACCUGCCCAUGGUGGCUGAGGGCUCGCUGCACGACAAGAUGUGAGGCGGACCUGGCUAUAUGUAUACCCCAUACUUGAUACCUUAACCCCACAUAAGAUAGUGCUUAAGUCUAGUGUUAGCUUAGUUGUCGUACUAAUAUAUAGAACAGAUACAGUUACAGAUACAAAGAAUAAACAAUAGACAAAC